CAGAACAGGAUGAAAUGUAUCAAAACAGACGUCAACGCUGUACCUGUUUAAAGGAGCCGUGAUCCAGGAGGAAACACCCACCAUUACAGCCUGCCGAGGGAAAUCGGACUUGGAAGUGCUUUAUUAAACUGUUUUAAAACAUCUUAAAACUUAAAAGAAGUGUAGAUAAAACAUUUAUGAAAUUAAGACACGCGCAGAUGAAAUCGACCAACAGGAUUAAAGAGCCAAGAUGUUAAGAAGAUGAGGAAAACAAUACAGGCGAAUUAGAGAAAGAGUCGGAAUAUGAGUUUCAUUUAACGGACAGCCGGACUAUGGCUUAAUUUCGUUAUUUCUUUCGUUUUAUUGAGCGGUGAAGCCGCAUUCAUGUUCGAGGGGGCGGAAAAGAAACUUUACCGCGUCUCCGUGGGAUAUUUUAUUUUAUGAAACAAACUCAUUUCGUCAUCUGUCAGCGGAGCGACCUGUUUCUGGACGGAUUUUAUUGAUUCAUCAUGUCCAAAGUGGUACAAAAAAAAAAUCACUGGACCACUAAAGUUAACGAGUGCACGGUAUCUAAGGACGCCCGUGGCGAUCUUAACGUGCAGUUGCUCGGCGGAGCUGAGAACGGGGAGUUCGCGUAUGUCGGGCGCGUUAACGACAAUGGCGUGGUGUACCGAAACGGGAAACUGUCAGAGGGGGAUUUACUGCUGGAAGUGGAGACGCUCUCCGUCUCAGGAUUACCUUUGUAUGAUGUGUUGACCGUGAUCAAAAACUGCAAAGGACCCAUACGAUUAAAAGCUGUGAGGCAAGGAAACAAACUCAAUAAAGACCUGAAGCUCUACCUGAGCCAGAGGUUUCAGAAAUCCUCCCCCGACCAUGAUCUUCAGCAAACCAUACGAGACAACCUCUACCGCCACGCUGUGCCUUGUACGACCCGCCCCCCUCGUGACGGCGAGGUAUCAGGAGUAGAUUAUAAUUUUUUGUCUGUUGAGGAAUUUCUGAAGCUUGAACAGAGUGGGACACUACUGGAGAUCGGAUCUUACGAAGGUAACUAUUAUGGAACACCCAAGCCGCCCAGCCAGCCCCCUAGUGGGAAAGUGAUUACUGGCGAUGCUCUGCAAGACAGCCUUCCUGGUUCUCAGCAGUCAACCCCACGCCGCACCAAAUCCUACAAUGAGAUGCAAAAUGCUGGAAUAGUGCCUACAGAAACUGAGGAUGAUGAUGAGGUUCCUGAAAUGAACAAUAGCUUCACAGGAGACUCGAGUGAACAGGACGAUCAUCCCUCCGUGCGGCCAUACACCCCCAACCACGUUCAACCCUACGUGCUCAACAGCACCUUGGCGUCAACCACGGAGAGCUCUCAGAAUACACACGCACUCCCCAGCCACCCCACGGACGAGGACCCUCUGGGACCCUUGCCCGGUAACUGGGAGAUGGCCUACACAGAGAACGGAGAGGUCUACUUUAUAGACCACAACACAAAGACGACAUCCUGGUUAGACCCCCGAUGCUUGGACAAACCCCAGAAACCCCUGGAGGAGUGUGAAGAUGAUGAAGGGGUACAUACAGAAGAACUGGACAAUGAGCUAGAGCUGCCCACAGGCUGGGAGAAGAUUGAUGAUCCAGUCUACGGAGUGUAUUAUGUUGACCAUAUUAACAGAAAGACCCAGUAUGAGAACCCAAUUCUAGAAGCUAAAAGGAAGAAGCAGCUGGAACAGUCUCAACCCACUGAAGAAUGGAUAGAGGAGCAUUCAUCAGGAGCGCCGCUAGCAAGCUAUGCCGCUAACCACCAAGAGACUUACAGAGAGCCUGGCAACGCCCCUCCACACCCAACCCAACUGGGGGCUAAACGAGGAAAGCCAUUUUUCACGAGGGACCCUGCAGAACUGAAGGGGACAUUCAUUAACACUAAACUGAAGAAGAGCAGGCGUGGGUUCGGCUUUACAGUAGUAGGCGGAGACGAACCAGAUGAGUUCCUGCAGAUUAAGAGUCUGGUGCUCGAUGGACCAGCUGCCCUGGACGGAAAAAUGGAAACAGGUGACGUUAUCGUAAGUGUCAACGACACUUGCGUAUUGGGUUACACACACGCCCAGGUUGUCAAAAUCUUCCAGUCCAUCCCUAUCGGCUCAAUGGUUGAUCUUGAACUCUGCCGUGGCUACCCCUUGCCCUUUGACCCCGAUGAUCCUAAUACCAGCCUGGUGACAUCCGUUGCCAUUUUGGACAAGGAGCCAAUCAUCGUCAACGGAAAAGAGAGCUACGACUCGCCAUCCAGUCACGGUAGCGAAUCAGCAGGUGGCGGCGGUAGUUUGAACGGUUCCAGCGAUCCGCAUCGCCCCCACAGCCCUUCAGCCGAAAUGGCUUCCAACGGCUCUCACGGUUAUCCCAGCGAUGUUGUGACGUUGGCAUCUUCGAUCGCCACCCAGCCCGAGCUCAUUACCGUUCACAUGGAGAAGGGUGAUAAAGGGUUUGGCUUCACAAUAGCGGACAGCCCCUCUGGCGGAGGGCAGCGCGUGAAGCAGAUAGUGGAUUACCCGCGAUGCAGAGGUCUUAGGGAAGGGGACAUCAUCAUGGAGGUCAACAAGAGAAACGUGCAGAACCUGACGCACAAUCAGGUGGUCGACCUGCUCAGCAAGUGCCCUAAAGGCAGCGAGGUGACCAUGCUGGUGCAAAGAGGGGUGGCGCCUGCGAAGAAGAGCCCCAAACUGCAGCAGUUGGAACGGAAAGACAGUCAAGGCAGUUCCCACCACAGUGUCUCCAGUCAACGCAGCAUCCACACCGAUUCUCCCCUCCACGUCUCUCAGGCCAUGCUCAACGAGUCGGCUGCCCCACCUCCCCCGUCCCAGCCCCUGCCCAGCCUGCCCCAGGACCCCCCAGUAGACGGAACCCUCCAGAAGAAACCAGAUCCCUUUAAAAUCUGGGCUCAGUCUAGGAGCAUGUAUGAAAGUAGGCUACCUGAUUACCAAGAGCAGGAUAUUUUCCUGUGGAGAAAAGAUACCGGCUUUGGAUUCAGGAUCCUGGGAGGGAAUGAAGCUGGCGAGCCAAUAUAUAUUGGCCACAUCGUUAAAUACGGAGCUGCCGAUGAAGAUGGGCGUCUGCGAUCGGGAGAUGAGCUAAUCUGUGUGGAUGGGACGGCUGUUGUGGGAAAAUCCCAUCAGCUGGUCGUUCAACUCAUGCAACAAGCCGCUAAACAGGGUCACGUCAACCUGACUGUGAGACGCAAGACUGGAUAUGGAUUGGCGAAGGUGGACGGUGAGAUGCCCCCCUCCCCAGCCUCAUCUCACCACAGCAGCACACAGGCCCCGUCUCUAACCGAGGAGAAACGCACGCCGCAGGGCAGCCAGAACUCCCUCAACACGGUCAGCUCCGGAUCGGGCUCCACCAGCGGCAUAGGCAGUGGAGGCGGAGGGGGCAGCAACAACACGGUGGUUCCUAACGCCAUUCAGCCGUAUGAUGUGGAGAUCCAACGUGGGGAGAACGAGGGAUUUGGAUUCGUCAUUGUUUCGUCAGUGUCGAGGCCAGAGGCGGGCACCACUUUCGUUGGAAACGCAUGUGUGGCAAUGCCUCAUAAAAUAGGUCGCAUCAUCGAAGGAAGUCCAGCCGACCGUUGCGGGAAACUGAAAGUUGGAGACCGGAUCCUGGCUGUAAACGGAUGCUCCAUCACCAAUAAAUCCCACUCGGAUAUCGUCAACCUGAUCAAAGAGGCUGGAAACACGGUGACCCUGCGGAUCAUUCCGGGAGAUGAGUCCUCCAACGCAUCACUGCUGACCAACGCCGAGAAGAUUGCCACCAUAACCACCACGCACACACCUCAACAGCAAUCUGCACCUGAGCCAAGAAACAACACCAAACCAAAACAGGAGUCUUUUGAGUUUAAAGCCCCACAAGCUCCGCCUCCUCCAGCCCCAACGCAAACGUCAAAUCAGGAUGCUGAGUUCUACUCUGUUGAUCUGGAGAGGGACAAUAAAGGCUUUGGUUUCAGCCUCAGAGGGGGUCGAGAGUACAACAUGGACCUGUAUGUUCUAAGACUAGCAGAGGACGGAGCAGCUGUGAGAAACGGGAAGAUGAGGGUUGGAGAUGAGAUCUUGGAUAUCAAUGGCGAGAGCACCAAGGGCAUGAAGCACGCCCGUGCCAUUGAACUGAUCAAAAACGGUGGCCGAAAUGUCCACCUGGUCCUAAGGAGGGGUGAUGGCUCCGUGCCAGAAUAUGACGGCAUCAACGACGGCAACGGCCUCAGCGCCAGUGCACAAACUGUUUCGGAAGUGAACGCAGCUCCUCCCGAAAGACGGCCCCACCCACCAUCGGAGUCCAGCUAUCCACCAGACCUUCACAAACCAUCACGACACGACGACAAGAGGUCGCGGGAGUCGGGCCACCAGGAGCAGCACGGCCACCGGUCGAACCACCGCCACACCAACCACAGACACCGAUCGCCAGAGAAGAGGAGCGGGAACAAAGGUCACGGAAGGGACGGCAGAUCUUCGAAGCCUCAGAAGAGGACGAAGAGGUCUAGUACGGAUAACUCGCACCAUCAUCACCAUCGAAGCCAUCAUCACCACAGCAAACAUCGCUCACCGGAGAAGCGCAGAGCUCGGAGCGCCGAUAACACCUUGGACAGCCGACACGGGCGCUCGCCUGAAAGACGCCAUCAUCGUCAAUCUUCCCCCCGCAGGCACAGUUCACCUCAACGUUCCCCCUACCGAUCCGGUCACCGGCGCAGCUCGCCUCAGCGGCGUAGAUCACCCUACCGUUCUCCUUACCGUUCCAGGAACCAGUCUCCCUCAAGGCGGCCCGCAGCUUAUUCGGAUAAACCCUACAACGGUGAGUCAGACAGAUGGCUGGAUGUGGCCUUAAAGGAACCUCCAACUCCUCCGUCUCGCUCUGAGAGCAUUUCGACUCUUAGGGAGCUGCCGGCAAUAGACCGGCUGAAUCUGGAAGACACCCUACCGAGGGAGCCGCGGAAUUACUUGGAACAACUUUCCCCUAUGGAGCAAGCCUACCGUGAAUCUUCCCUUCUCCGUGGGCCGUCCCAUGACAAUACCCUCCCGCGUGUUAGGACGCCCGAUUCUGAAUCAGCCUUCCGGAACUACAAUUCAUUACUGAGGGGCCGCUCCCCUGUGAGAGGUGAGGGCAGACAGGGUGGAUACCCCAGAGCCGAGUCUCCGGUUGCCAGCUCAUACAGAACAAGGAGUCUGGGUCGAGACCUGUCUCCUGUUAGAGGAUUUCGGGAUGAGGAUGAAGAGGAGGAUGCCAGAUCCCAGCUGAGCGAGUACUACAGCACGCUCCGAUCCAAUUACAGUAGAGCCAACAACAACGUACCUGAGCCAAGGAGGAAACCUUACAAAGACAGCCCCAAAGACCUCAGCAUCUGACGGCUCGGCACCACACACAGACCCCACCGUCCACACUAGCCUUCAUCCAAGGACUGCGCAGGAUACUGGAUACUAAAUUAUUUGUUCGAAAUCUGGUGUUUGUUCUCAUGGUUGAACAUCUUUAACUCUCAACAGCAGAUGAAUGAUUGCUUUUUUUUCCCAUGAAGUGUCAUUUUCGGUUGUUUAUGACCCUUUUUAUAAAUCUGCUAGCAGUUCUACAGAGUUCGAUGACUAUGUAUAAAGAAAACGAUUAUGUGCCUAACAGUACCAUUCUUGGUGUUCUUUUCAUUUUGUUUUGUUUUACAAAGGACUGCCUUUUGGAUUACUGUUCGAUUCGGAAACUUUCAGUUCCAGAGAGCCCCUCUCAUGCACCGAGCAGCUCAGUACACGUGGUGCUCAGACAUCUACUGUGCAUGUCUACACUUUCAAUGUCCUCUCUCUGUCUCUAACUCUCUCUGUUUCUUUCUCUUCCCCAGUGCCACUGUUUUUUAGACAUUUGACCAGAGUAUAGCACAAGCCUGCAUUUGUUUGUAUAUUUUUGACAGUUUGCAGUAUGUGUACAUUCAGAGGUGAUCAUUUUAAAAGAAUGAAGGGAUAAUGAAAUUAAAACUAUGAUGAUAAUGUUCAAAAAAU